AGCCCAGCCCUUUCUCCGUGCCUUCACCCUAAUUUUCUCCCCGACUGUCGCUCUCCCUAACCCUCGAGUCGAACGCUCGACACGCUCGAAAUCUCUCCCUGCAAUCAACUAACCUCCUCGCCGCCGUCACUACCGCCGCCUCACCUCCCACCAUUUCCUACCUCCGUUGCCCCUCUAUUCUGUCGGUAGACAACGCGCUAGCUGCUAGUUUUCUCAGGAGCAGCAGCACCAACGAGGUCAGGCUUCACAUUUUUCCAGAAGGCGCUUUCUGAUAGUGGACGAGUAACUGAGCUCUGGCAGAGUGCUCUGAUAGUCGAACGCUCGGACGAUCGGACGCAAGGCCAUGUGCGGAUGAGACGCAGGUCAGAAUGAAUCGCCGAGCAAGAUUGGCGCCCCUUUUAGGAGUAAUCUUAGCGUUAGCUUUAGCGAACGUCGCCGUGUCGCAGCAGCCUCCCGAAACUCGUCGCGCAGGCCCCGCGACAGUCACACCGUCGUCCAAUGGCGCCACGCCAGAUAGGUACAUCCUACAGCUCUCCAAUCAGCCCACCAAUCUGGGGCCGCUUCCGGCGGUCAAGGCGCAGAACGCGUUUCGCGGCGCACAAACCGUCGUCCCAGCGGCUCUAACUACGCAAGUGGGAAACCUCGCUGGUAUGGCUUUGCCUCGCAAACCUCCCGCCGGGUCCUCCUCGCCCAACAACCCCGCUCUCACGAAGAUCCUGCGGUCCGCUGCGAAGAAUAUGGCGAACGUGGUAACCCGAAAGAACGCGAGUGAUCUCGUCAGCGGAGUGGUGCAGGCGGGGAGGAUGGUUUCGCCUACGCACAGGGGUUCUCCACGGGCAGCUUCUACAGCUCGUUCGCCACGUUUUACGGCGAGAAGGACGGCUCGGGAACCAUGGGCGGCGCGUGCGGGUACGGCAAUAUGUACCAAACGGGGUACGGGUUAAUGACUGCCGCCGCGUCGUACGCGCUUUUCAGCGACGGCUACCAGUGUGGCGCGUGCUACGAAGUUAAGUGCCUCGGAUCGCCGGCGGUUCCGGACAAGCAAGUCUGCUCGGGGAAAACGGUUACAGUUACCAUCACGAACAGCUGCCCGCCUGGCGGUAACGGGGUCUGUAACCCGCCGAAGCAUCACCUGGACAUGUCGGAAGCCGCGUGGGGCGUGCUGUCGAGCGUGCGCGGCGCGGGGAUCCUCCAGACGCAGAUGCGGCGCGUCCCGUGUAAGAAGAGCGGCGGCGUCGCGUUUAUGCUCACCGGCAACCCGUACUAUCUGCAAGUGCUCAUCUUUAAUGUCGCCGGCCCGGGCAAUAUUAAUAAGCUGGAGGUCAGCGACGGCACCACCUGGGACGUUAUGGAUCAUAAUUGGGGUGCGUCGUACUCUAAGAGCAAGAAGUACGGCGGCAAGGAGUUGUCGUUCCGGCUGACGGCCGUCAGCGGCGACGUGCUGACCGUCAACCGCGCCGUUCCGUCCAACUGGUAUAUCGGCGCGGCGUACAUGUCGAGGGUGAACUUCGGCGGCGGCAGCAGCAGCAGCAGCAGCAGCGGCAGCGGUGGCGGCGGCGGCUCCAGUGGUAGCUCCAGUCCUAAAAAGAAGCAUCCUGGAAAGCCUAAGAAGAAGAAAUCCCCUCCUCCCAGCAGCGGCGAUUCGAACUCGAAGUCGCCAGCCAAGAAGAAGAAGAAGAAGGGGAAGAAAAAGAAGAGCAACAGCAGCAACAACAACAGCAACAACAGCAACAAGAGCAACAACAACAACAACAACAGCAACAACAACAAGAGCAGCCGCAAGACUCUUGAGACGUGGGGCCCGCUCGAGGAGAUCCAGCUGUCGGAUUGGGAACGCGACGCGCUUCUGGGAAAGGUAAUGGACGUUAAUGUUACUAUGGGCGCCUUCGGACAGCACUAACCAAUAAUGGCUCCACUUGGUGGGUGUUCGUUUGAUCUCAGGGGCAGUCAGGGGAGUUUUGGCCAAGUGGCGGGGUAUGGGGGGGGCGAGCUAGGAAAAGUAGGGUUUUGUUUAGAUGGUGUGCUUCGGUUCUAGCAGGUUCGUAAGUGGCGAUAAGCUGACAGGGUAACGCUCGAUGAGGAUAUUGGGCGGCUAAGAUUAGUAGGACGGGCUUGGCCUCGGGCUUGGGCGUUUCAUUCGGUCACAACAAGUGAUGUGCUUUUUGCAGUUGGUAGUCUUGGAUCGUAGGCUUCAGGGUGCGACACUGAAGUGUAGCAUGGAGUUUAGAGAGUUGUCAUCGAUGUCCACGUGGCAGGGUUGCAGAUGCCUGGUGCGAUUCCUGGGCAAUGGCUGUAGUGCUUUCUCUCAAAAUUCAAGCACGGGGGGAAGCCGGUUCUAUGGAGUGUUUGUGCGGCAUAGGUGCUUCAAGAUCCUGCUCUCUUCAACUCGUCCUAAAUGGAGGGGGCUAGAGUAAGAGCCUUGACCGUUGUGUGUGUAGAAGGGCCCUACUGAUUGUCUGUUUCCAGUACAUUUGUGUAGUGAACCCAGCUUGGAAUAUCAAAACCUCCUUCCAGUUCCAGUGGCAAUGCUUGGUUUAAUUUUUCACUAAUGUCAC